CCACCACCACCAUCACCACCACCAACUCUCCUCCUCUCCCCCUCGCUUCUCGCCCCCUCCCUUUUCCACCUCUGCGGGUACCAUGGCGAUGGCUGCCACUGCCUCCUCCUCUCCCUCGUCCUCAUCGUCGGGCAACAGCAGCGCGCGGGAGCACCUGCUGGCGGUGCGUCGGCGCACCCCACAUUCCCGGCCGUACACGAUUGGUCCGGACAACCUUCGCAGUCUGUCAGUGCAGGGCGCUGUGGGAGCUUCCGGCUCUGCGUCUUCUUCUUCAAAUAUGUCAUCAGGGAGCCAAUCAGAAACAGCGGGGGUGGGGCUUCAACGGGCCAAUAGCGACACAGACCUGGUUACAUCAGACAGCCGCUCAUCUCUCACAGCGUCUACAUACCAGCUGACUUUAGGCCACUGUCACCUGGUCAUCUCCUGGGACAUCAAGGAGGAAGUGGAUGCCACCGACUGGAUCGGCCUGUACCACAUCGAUGAGACGUGUGUGGCCAACGUGUGGGACUCCAAGAAUCGUGGCGUAAAUGGCACCCAGAGAGGACAGAUCGUGUGGAGACUAGAGGCGGAACCCUACUUCAUGGAGCCUGAGACUAAGAUCUGCUUUAAAUACUAUCACGGUGUAAGCGGAGCAUUAAGAGCAACAACACCUUGUAUCACAGUCAAGAACCCUGGAGUACCGGUGGGCAGUGAAGGCCAAGUGGAGGACCAAUCAGGGACUGAGCAUUGUCGGAAACUCGUCAGCUUCACCCUAUCAGACAUGCGGGCGGUGGGCCUGAAGAAGGGCAUGUUUUUCAACCCCGACCCCUACCUGAAGAUGUCCAUCCAGCCUGGAAAGAGGAGUGGCCUCCCCAAGUUUACGCACCACGGCCAGGAGAGACGCUCCUCCAUCAUUGCCAACACCACCAACCCUGUGUGGCACGGAGAGAAAUACACCUUUGUGGCUCUGAUGACUGACGUGUUGGAGAUUGAAGUGAAGGAUAAGUUUGCCAAGAGCCGACCAAUCAUCAAGCGGUUUCUGGGUCAGUUGACCCUCCCCGUGCAGAGACUUCUGGAGGGGCCGACAGCUGAUGAUCAGCAGGUCAGCUACAGCCUGUGUCGUCGUCUCCCUACGGACCAUGUGAGCGGGCAGCUUCAAUUCAGAGUGGAUAUCACCUCCACUGGACAUGAAGAAGCGUCACCAGAUGCUGUUGGAACAAUCUUAGGCAGCGCUGUGAACGGUGACCCCGGCAGUCCCUCAGAUGACGAGGACCUCCCUCAUCCAUCCACUUCCUCGCGUGUUGCAUAUGAACCUUCUCCCACAGGAUCUGAUGAAGGCUCCCUGAUAGUUAAUGGUGCUUGUUACUAUGGUGAUGACAGCGUGUGGCGGGAUCCAGGGCAGAUGGGAGAGGAGGAUCUGCUGGCUGUGGCCCUGGGCGGCCACACUCACAGGCAGGUGUCACUCAAUGACUACCUGGAUGCCAUUGAGGCUCCCAGGAGCCCCGGGGACCGUCCUCUGGCUGGGCCUUCGCCGAAACUGCGCUCUAGCUUUCCAACGGACACGCGACUAAAUGCCAUGCUGCACAUAGACUCUGAUGAGGAUGAGGAGACGGCGGGGCAGCACAGGGAGCAAUCACAGGAGACGAGGACGCAGCAGAGUACAGACUUAUCGACAAGAUCGGCUGCAUCUGCGUCUCAACAGGGGAACGAGGGUUCAAAAGAAGAGCCACAGGGCCAUACUGGAGCUGGGACUGAGCCCGGAGCAGGGGCCACAACAGAGGCAGGCUCCUCUGCCAGUGGUCAGCCUGGAACAAACCCUGCAGGGGCCGAAUCUGGAGCUGGAGUUACAGAAAGUGCCGUGCAAACACAGGUAGGAGCGUCAGCCGCAGCUGAGACUGAAGCUGGCACUGGAGAGGCUCCUGGAGCAUCAAGGGAGGCUUCAGGAGAAAGCGCCACAGCUCCCAGCUCAUGUCAGGCAUCAGCUGAGGCAGCUGCAGCGGCUGGGCCCGGGGAGUCUGUAAGGGAGUGUACCUGUCAGGAGCAGAGUAGCAGGAUGGGUGCAAACCAAGAAGUAUCCCUCACUCCCUCACUGGGUCCACUUUCACCCAUUCAGGAGGUGGAGACAAGAAAAGAAUUGGCUCCGAAAGCGGAGGAGGAAGGGGAGUCAUCAAGCAGCGAGGCGAACGGACCAGUAGCAGCAGCUGCUCCUACGAGCAGUGUCAUAGCUGAUCGAGGAGAAGGGGCUUCUGAAAUUGGAGCAAGUGCCACUGUCAGGAGCAGUCAGGAAGAGGAGGAGGAGGGGGAGGUGUGGAGGAGGAGGCAGUCCAUGCAAGCGUCUGGAGGUGUGGCCCAAAACCAGGAGGUGGGCUCGGCCAGGGAGAGUCAGAACGGGUCAGGGGGGGUGGAGAGAGAGACAGGUGCCACAGCUCAGGUCAAUGGCCACCAGUCAGUUCGAUCCCUGCCAUCUGUCCGCCAUGACAUCAGUCGUUAUCAGAGAGUGGACGAGCCACUACCACCUAACUGGGAGGCUCGUAUCGACAGCCACGGUCGGAUCUUUUACGUAGACCACGUGAACAGAACCACAACUUGGCAGCGUCCCACUGCUCCCCCCGCCUCACAGACCCUCCAGAGGUCCAACUCCAUCCAGCAGAUGGAGCAGCUGAACCGCAGAUAUCAGAGUAUACGUAGGACAAUAACCAAUGACAGCAGACCAGAGGAGCAGCCAGCCAAUGAACUGACCGCAGAUGAGACAGACAUGCACCCCUCCAUCCCCGAGCUCCGCAGGGACAACAGUGUGUCUCAGUCCAGUUCCAGGUCUCGUCUCACCCUGCUGCUUCAGUCCCCAAGCGCCAAGUUUCUCACCAGCCCAGACUUCUUCACUGUGCUGCAUUCCAACCCUAGUGCCUACCGUAUGUUCACCACCAACACGUGUCUGAAGCAUAUGAUCAGUAAGGUUCGUCGGGAUGCUCACCACUUCGAGCGCUACCAGCACAACAGGGACCUGGUGGCCUUCCUCAACAUGUUCGCCAACAAACAGCUGGAGCUGCCCAGAGGCUGGGAGAUGAAACAUGACCACACCGGCAAGCCUUUCUUCGUGGACCACAACUGUCGCGCCACGACCUUCAUCGACCCCCGGCUGCCUCUCCAGAGCACUCGGCCCCCGAGUCUCCUGGCUCACCGCCAACACCUGACUCGGCAACGCAGCCACAGUGCCGGGGAGGUCAGCCCACGACGACUGGUGGGUGAAGACCCUCGUCAUGCCGGACCACCCGUCCUGCCGCGGCCUUCCAGCACCUUCACCUCUGCCAACCGGGGGCAGUGCCAAGAUGUUGUGCCAGUGGCUUACAACGACAAGAUUGUGGCGUUUCUUCGACAACCAAACAUCUUUGAGAUUUUGCAGGAGAGACAGCCGGACUUCAACCGGAAUCAUUCACUCAGGGAGAAGGUGCAGCUGAUACGCACAGAUGGAGGGUCGGGAUUGGCGAGGCUGUCAGGUGACGCUGACCUUGUCAUGCUGCUAAGUCUGUUUGAAGAUGAAGUAAUGUCCUAUGUGCCUCCUCACGCCUUACUUCACCCCAGCUACUGCCAGUCACCUCGGGGAUCCCCUGUCUCCUCCCCGCAGAACUCACCUGGUACUCAGAGAGCUAAUGCCAGAGCCCCAGCACCCUACAAGAGAGACUUUGAGGCCAAAUUGCGCAACUUCUACAGGAAACUGGAAACUAAAGGCUAUGGCCAAGGACCAGGGAAGCUGAAGUUGAUCAUCCGUCGUGACCAUCUGCUGGAAGAUGCCUUCAACCAGAUCAUGUGCUACUCCCGCAAAGACCUGCAGCGCAGCAAGCUCUAUGUCAGCUUUGUUGGGGAGGAGGGGUUGGACUACAGCGGGCCUUCCAGAGAGUUCUUUUUCUUGGUUUCCAGGGAGCUGUUCAACCCGUAUUAUGGUCUGUUUGAGUACUCUGCCAACGACACCUACACCGUCCAGAUAAGCCCCAUGUCGGCCUUCGUAGACAAUCACCACGAAUGGUUCCGGUUCAGUGGUCGUAUUCUGGGUUUGGCUUUGAUCCAUCAGUACCUGCUGGAUGCCUUCUUCACCAGACCCUUCUAUAAAGGCCUGCUGCGCAUUCCAUGUGACCUGAGUGACCUGGAGUACCUGGAUGAGGAGUUUCACCAGUCCCUUCAGUGGAUGAAGGACAAUGACAUAGAAGACAUGUUGGACCUCACUUUCACUGUCAACGAGGAAGUCUUUGGACAGAUAACAGAGAGGGAGCUGAAACCCGGCGGAGCAAACAUCCCAGUGUCAGAGAAGAACAAGAAGGAGUACAUAGAGCGGAUGGUGAAGUGGAGGAUAGAGAGAGGAGUGGUGCAGCAGACUGACAGCCUGGUCCGAGGUUUCUACGAGGUGGUGGAUGCCAGGCUGGUAUCAGUGUUUGAUGCGAGGGAGCUGGAGCUGGUGAUCGCUGGCACAGCUGAGAUUGACUUAUCAGACUGGAGGAACAACACAGAGUACAGAGGAGGUUACCAUGACAACCAUAUUGUCAUCCGGUGGUUCUGGGCAGCAGUGGAGAGGUUCAACAAUGAACAGAGACUCCGACUCCUUCAGUUUGUAACCGGGACAUCCAGUAUUCCUUACGAGGGCUUUGCUUCUCUGCGAGGCAGCAACGGACCCCGCAGAUUUUGUGUGGAGAAGUGGGGGAAGGUCACCGCACUGCCAAGAGCUCAUACCUGUUUUAACCGGCUGGACCUGCCGCCAUACCCGUCCUUCUCAAUGCUGUAUGAGAAGAUGCUGACGGCUGUGGAGGAGACUAGUACUUUUGGGCUAGAAUAAUCCUCGUCUCUGCACAUCUCAGCUAACCUCCGUCUGCCCCUCAAGGACUGCAGGUGGUUUAAGAGAGGUAGCAAUGAUUGACAGAGGUUCAAAAAUCUGGAUUUGAAGUCCAGUUUAUGGUUUAUGUUUAAUUUAUAAUGGGCUAAAUGAUAUAUCAGGGGCUCAUAGUACCUUUGAUCCAUGAAGCUGCACUCUGACCUUUUAAAAAGCCCCAUGUACAGACAUAAACACUUAUUUUUUGUUGCACCUGCACGUAUUUCACACCUACUUAGUAACACACGCUCUCACCUGUGUGAAGUGAUGAAUGACAGACUCUUGGACCAGAAUCAUGACUGCCGGGAUUUGACCAAUUGGAGACGGUAUUGUUGGUUUUUUUUUCCACUUUCUCUUUGAUACCAGGAGAUUACAGUCUAAGAUGUAGGCUACACAUCAAAGAAAAAGCAAUCACUGCCUUCACUGCAAAGGCUGAGUGGACUCAGCCUCUUUUAUUCUCUUGUGGAUGGACCUCUUAAAGUGCAGUGACGGCCUCAUUGUAGUACAGUGGCACCUUGUGGCCUGUAGUAGUAACUGCACUACAGUUGUUUCUCAAAGCCUUUCGAGGACCAUCCAACUUUUGGUAAAGUUUGUGGAAUUUUCCUUUGAACUUCUACGGCCAAUUUUGGAGUCCAGACAGAAGCUUUGCUAUUGUUACAGUAUUUUCAUCUACGAGAAAAAAAGUGAUUUUCUAAUGAUGUGGCAGUGACAUGUUGUGAAUUGAAUGUAACUAACAUUAUGAUGUAGAUUGUGUGGGAAGUGAUUAUGCACCAGAUCUGGAUCCACUGGCAAAAAAUAUGUGGCCACUGCUUACUUGAGUUAAUAAUUAGUUAAUGAGCUGAUGGUAAUUAAGUUCAAUGCAGGAUGUAACCAUAUCCAUUUACUUAGAUUGUAUUUGGUUGAUUUACUUUGACCCAAAUCUAUUUUUUGAAGUUUGUUAGAAGUCACGUUCACUCAAGAAGCGGAGAUUGAAGAAAAAUUCUUUAUCCAAAUGGAUAAACGUGCAACCACCCGUGGCGGAUUUAGAAAACCUGGGUGUCAUGGGAGAGUAGUGAUUCCCCACUGAAACAUACAAGCUACUUCUGCAGCUAAAUUUCUGAUGAAAACAUACAAAGACACAUUUCUGAGUGGAACUACAUUCACAAGUUGGGCAGGGAAGAUUAAAGGUGGACCAUGACAAAAGUCAUUUAUUAGUCGCGUAUGCCUUAAACAUAAAUCGAAUAGGUAAUAUUAUGAUAGCUUGAUAAGAACAUCUUAUACAGCAGAAACACUCCAUUAGUUAGAUAAAGUGAUAAAGAUAUCAUGUCAUAUCUUUAUUUUGAUGAUUACGCACUCAAUCUUUGAGUGUUGUGCAUUCAAAUAUUAAAUACAAUGAUUCAUAAAAUCUUAAAUUCAAACAUUAAUCUCCCUUUUUAACACAUCCUUUAAGACGAUGGAAGGAUUAUUAAUGCCCCAAUGAUACCAUUACAUCCCCUUUUCAGAUCAAAUCCAUGUACUUUCUGCAUUCAGCUAUGCCAUGUGUAUUAUGUCUUGGACAGCAGAGAAGAUCCAUCAGUUUUUGAGAUAAAAGAACAUAUCAAUCGCUUAUUUUUGGCAAAUUAUAUUGUUUCUCUGCGGCAACACUGCCUUAGGGUUUAAAGUAAGUUCUUUUAUUUUUUGCUAAAUCCAUAACAACAUUUCUGUCUCUAAAGGAGGUUUAAAAAAGGACCUUUUGGUAGUAACAGAGCAAUCUGCUGCUAAUAUCGCUGCUGAAUUAGCUCAAAUUAGAACAUUCUGCAGUGUAAACAAGUAAAACAAUGAUUGACUUGAACUGGUAGCUGUAAAUAUUGAGGGUUGAUGCCAGCACGAGCAGAAUCCAAGGUAAUUACACAAGUUUAUCCAAAUUUAAUGACAACAGCCAACAAAUGAAAUAUAGCAAGGAGCCUGACAAACAUCCAACAAAUUACAACCUCCUGUCCCAAAUUUAUUUGCCAUGCAACAAUCUGCACAUCAUGUCUUGCAAAAAUCACAUAAUUUAGGCAGCUGUUUGAAGCCUGUAAUUGCAGGUUAGCAAGUAAGGGCAUUAAGUUAAGUUAAAACUGGAAAACAUUAAAUGCAAUACAUAUCGGUAUUGGGUAUUUAAUAAUACCGUAUUUUAAAAACAUUCUUAUAUCAUUGUUUUUCCCUAUGCUAAGUGACAGUUAUUGACAAGCACCCUCAAAGGGUCAGGAGUUUUCUAUUGUUGUAUUCAAAAGUACUGAGAGUUUAACUUACUUAAAAGUACAAAAGUCAUCAAAAUAUAUUGGAUGCAGUUACGUGUACAUUUCUGGAAUGUGCAGAGGGCGGGGCUAAUUGAUACCAUGGACAUGCUGAUUAUUGAGCAUUUUCGUUUAUGGAUUUUCUCCCGUUUAUCUUGGCUGGUUCGGUCUAGACAGCUCAGGGAUAAAAGGGUGAAAAUUAUGUUAUAUAUAAUGAUUGAAAAUCUUAAUCACUGCUCCCCUUAUGCCUCCCCCUAGAUCCGCCACACACACCCAGAUCAGAACCGAAAAAAAAUAAAAUAAGAAAUAUCUUAUGCACUCAUAAAAAAUGACUAUCACCCUGAAAUACUUUGAAAACAGAUUUAAAAAAGUCCUGGACCUUCUGUGUUCUUUGUUUACACUUUAAAAGAAUGUACUCUAACUUAAAACAAAAACUUUUAUUAUUUCUAUAUGAAGUUAGCACUUGGAUAAAAUUUCAUGUGCGAAUUCAGUUUCAUUCAAACAGGAUCAAAUAACUCUCAUAGUGAAAAUAAUACUCUUUCCCUCACUGAAUGCACUGCCCUCUUCUCUGUCUGUCUCAUCAGAAUGUACCAAAGUUUUAGCCUUAACCGGCUGCCUCACGUCAAACCCCGACCCAACCGACCACUCUCUGUACAGUCCACCUCACUUUUGAAUAUGAAUGUUUGUCAUCACUUCUCUCCUAAAAUAAAAUUUCAUCACUCUA